AUGUCAUGUUUCUACCGUUUACUGCUUCGUAGUGUGAAUUCCUUUUGCAUUCAGCUUUGUUAUUUUCUCUCUAUUUCCUUGUUUGGUUUUGUUAUUCUAAAGGUUUUGAAGCCAAGAACCCAUGAUUCUUUUAUCCCUGGGAACUUAGAUUUGUUCUUCACAUCCGUGUCUGCCGUCACAGUUUCAAGUCUGUCCACUGUUGAAAUGGAGGUUUUCUCCAAUUCCCAACUCAUUGUUUUAAUCAUUUUAAUGUUCUUUGGUGGAAAAAUUUUCACUUCCAUGGUAGGACUUCAUUUCAAGAAGUUUCAACUUCAAAAAUUGAAGUACAAAAUUUCUUCUGUUACAAACAAUGAUCAGCCUAGCACUUACCAACCGGAGUUGGGAAUGGUAGAAAGCCCAGUUUUUGAAAAUCUUGAAUCAAGAAAUGAAACUUCAUUAGAUGGUAGUAGUGUUGAGUUUUUGAAGUACAAAUCAAUCAAGUUUUUGUGUUUUGUGGUUUUGGGUUAUUUUCUAGUUGUUCAAAUUCUAGGAAUUGCCCUAUUUAUAUUGUUUUGCUCCAUGGAGUGGAAUUCAGCUGGAUUAAGUGGACUAAAUUCUUACCAGAAGAUUAUAGGUGUAUUAUUUCAGACAACGAAUACAAGAUAUGCUGGAGAGAGCAUUGUGGACCUCUCAACUAUCUCCUCAGCAUUAUUGGUGCUAUUUGUGGUCAUGAUGUAUCUUCCACCUUAUACUUGUUUCCUUCCCAUAACAGAUGGUGAAGAAAUAUGUGAGGAGAAAAGAAAUAAAAAGGGAAAGCUUUUGGAGAACAUACUAUUUUCUCCAUUAUCAUAUUUGGCUAUUUUCACCAUCCUUAUAUGCAUCACAGAAAGGCAAAAACUGAAGAAAGAUCCUCUCAAUUUCAAUGUAUGGAAUAUUUUGGUUGAAGUUGUCAGUGCAUAUGGGAGUGUAGGGUUUACAACAGGUUACAGUUGUGACAGGCAAAUACAACCCAAUAAUAAUUGUGAGAAUAAAUUUUAUGGAUUCUCAGGAAAAUGGAGUGAUGAGGGGAAGAUUAUACUCAUAGUGGUCAUGUUCUUUGGAAGACUUAAGUUCAAUAUGGAAGGUGGUAAAGCUUGGAAACUUUUGUAA